AUGAAGAUCUGGGGUGUGAUGCUGGCGUGUGCACUGACGCUGAGCUGCGUGUCCUCCGUCCCGAACCCAACCGGACACUCUCACCGUUCACAACCACACGCUCAGUGUUCUCAAAGACUACAGAGAAAACCAUACAGACAUCUGCCUGAUGCUCGUACCAUCAAACAUCUGGAGCCAAGAAGUCACUCAGGUCAGGAGAAGCCAUUUUCAGCCUUCAUCCACAGAUCCAAGAGAUCUCCAAAACGGAGAGGUUUCCUUCGUAGCAAGAUGGACAGGAAGAGACCGAGUCGUGACGAGAGAGAGAAGGGAAAAGGAAGAGCAUGUGCACUGAGACAAGUCCAGUUGAAAGUGUCUGAUCUGGGUUUGGGCUACCGGAGUCAGGAGGAACUGAUAUUCAGCUACUGCAGCGGCGUGUGUAUAAACUCCCUCACAAACUACGACAAAAUCCUCACCAGCCACGCCGGCAAUGGUAAAAACUUUCUGCGCAGCUCCCCUCAUACCGCCUGCUGUCGACCUGUCGAAUAUGACGACGACCUGUCGUUUCUGGAUGACAACCUGAUAUACCACACCAUGAAGAGGCACUCGGCACGGAAAUGUGGCUGUGUCUAA